GGCGAGUCCGUGUGAUCCACAAAUCGAUCUCGACGUCCCACGAACAAUCCACCACCACCUCCUUUUCCGGCGUCGCUACAGCGGUGGACAACGACUCUUGUUCCGUGUGCUACAUGCGUUAUCGCUCCACUUCCCGCAUAUUGGAUACGUCCAAGGCAUGGCAUCACUCAUCGCCACUCUCCUCUGCUACUACACCGAAGAACUAGCAUUCGUCGUCGCUGUCCGAGUCUGGGAGGAGCGGGGCGUAGGGGCACUCUACGAGGGAGAGCAAUUUGGGGGUUUGAUGAGGGCGUUUGCGGAGUUGGGGGAGGGGAUAGAAGAGAGAGCCGUGGGGAGGUCUUUGGAGGAGAAAGGGGUCGAGCCGAUUGGGUAUGCGACAAGGUGGUAUUUGACGCUGUUUUCGUAUACGGUUGGGUUUCGGACACAACUCAGAAUAUGGGAUGUGUUCAUGCUCGGACCCGCCCCACCAUCGACUCAUCACCAACGCAAGGACGCAGCGGGAGAAGGAGCAGGAGGGAGGGAAGUGACACACCCCAUCCUACAAGCAGUAAGUCUGGCGUUGAUGGAGGAGAUGGUGGAGCAUCAGGAUUUGCUACAUGCGGAUUUCGAGAGGGCGAUGAGGGUUUUGGGGGGGAGGUUGGAGGUUGAGGAUGAUGAGGUGCUCAUGAGGAGGGUUUGGGGGGAGUGGAGAGCGAUGUGAGCGACGAGGGAGACAAGGGUUCGUGGACCGGCUCGGCAUGGCGUGGCAUGGGAAAAAAGUGCGUUUCUUGCUUUUGGGAUAUUGAUACCUAGUGGUUUGGUGUGUGCGGGGUGCA